AUGAGUUUACAGGUGAUCAAUCAGGUACUUCUACCUUUCUAUGCCGUGGUUGUACUGUUCGGUAUCCCAGGUAACGUUCUAUUUAUUGCAGUGGUUAGAAGAACACGUGUCAUGCACUCAACAACAAACUUUUUGCUUGCCAAUAUUGCUAUUGCUGAUGUUAUUUCUCUAAUCGUCUGCAUCCCUGGGGUGAUACUGCAAUUUAUUGACCAUCCAAAGGGGGAUCUUGGCAGUUUCCUCUGUAAAUUUGUUACCAUGCACCACGUCGCUGGAGUAACGCUGCUAGUCUCUGGUUUUACACUAACGGUUAUAUCGGUUGAUAGGCAUAACGCUCUGCUUCGACCAAUGGACGAAAAUAUACGUCUUCGAAAGAAACAUGUUAAAUUUGCUAUUGGCCUUAUUUGGAUCUUCUCUACUGCCCUUGUGAUACCACUUUUUGUCAAACAGCACUACGUAGAGGAGGUAAAUAAUUGUCAUAUGGACUGGAAAGCAACAACGUCUAAGGCUUACUGGGGAAUAUUGGCGGUUCUGGUAAUGCUUUCGUUGCUGGUAAUGUCAGUGUGUUAUUUUCGCAUUGUGAAGAGUAUUUUAAGUAAAGAGUUGUUAGCUGAAAACAGGCAAGAAGGGAGUACACCAAUGUGGGAUGAAGACAACAAGAGUAAACGGAAACUGGUCAGGCUUUUAGUCAGUGUUACUGUGAUUUUCAUCACGUGCUUUGUUCCAUUUACCUGUGUUUCGGCAAUGAGUAUUUCAACAAGUACACUGUCUUACAAAGUGCCGUAUUUUUUAGUGUAUUUUAGCUGCUCAGUAAAUCCUGUAGUGUAUAUAAUUCAGAGUUCCAAUUACCGGACAGGUAUAAGGCAUCUCUUUGCCAACAGACGCAGAGUUCAUGCAAUAAAAGAAAGUAUCAUCUUGUCCGCACAUGUACGCACAUCUAAGCCUCUUUAAUGUGCUGGCCGAAGACAAGGAAUAAAACGACGUCUGUUUUACUCGUGAAUGCCUUGCCAGUUUUGUCGUGGGAGUGAGGUUGAGCCGAUGGUCUCUCAGUUAUACAGUGAGCAAUAAUUGCACCCAUUACCACGCGCGUUAGCUGCUGAUUCAAAUUCAUAAGGGAAUUUGUUGGAAGAGCAAGUCACACCGCAUCAAGGCCAUCCUAAGUGGCCUAAAAUUUAAAGUUAUCGGCCUACAUCCUACCGCCGAGUUAUCAGUGUAAAAAUGUUAGUAUAACAUCGGUCCAGACUCUAAUUAUUCAACAACUGAAGUAGCUCAGUACGCUUCGGAUGAAAUAUAAAAAUCACGAUGUCUUAACCUUAACUUUGUUAGUGUAGCUAUACUCUUUAAUUGUUUGUUAGUUUUAUUUCUACAUUCUUUAAUUCUUCAAGAAUUCCAAAAUUGUUGCUCAAACGGUAACAGUGCGACAAUUCGAACAAUAGCCGUACUAGAGGACGUCCGAGAGACGUCUUUGACGUUUAAGACGUCUUAGACGACUUAGACGUCUAGUAUAAAUACGGGAAAUAAGGCACACGCAUUAAACGUCAGACGAAUAAGACGUCUGAAGUUAAGUGCGUCCGAUCGACACACUUAACAGAUGAAUUAGUCGUCUCAGACGUUUAAGACGUCUAGUAUAAAAACGGAACGCACUUUACGACGCACUUAACAGUCAGACGUUUAAUGCGUCUCAGUGGACGUUUAAGACGUCUUCUAGUAUAAAUACGGCCAAUGGCACAACAGUCGGCACAACAAUGUUGCAACUCUGUCUUCCGCAGAAAAUUGAUGGUUCGAAUCGUCCCGUAUAUGUAACAUCGCCCUUAUUAAGUCCUAAAGGGGUGUCAGUAAAACGCGGGGUCAGGGCCGGGCCCGGAGCAGGGGUUGGGAUCGGGGUCUAUCCUGUUUUAAAGAAUGCUAUUUUUGGGGUUAGGGUUAGUGUCAACCCUUACCCUUACCCUAACCCCCGCCUAAAACAGCAUUCUUUAAAAAAGAUAGAGCCCGACCCUGCGUUUUACUGACACCCGUCCUGAAGCGGGUACAAAACCUUCGAUUGACAGCAUUUCCUUAUUUCACAGUGCAACAGUGGAAGGGGUGAGAUAAAGUCCAGACGUCAUCUUCUUAUUAUUUUGACUACAAUAAAUGAGUUAUAGAGAAUACUGUACAAAUGAUCUGAGUCAGUGUUUGCACCUCCGGGACAUUGUCCGCGUAUAAUAAUAAUCACUCUAAGUAAGAGAUGUUUAAUUUGGAUGAUUUCUAUGUCUGUAACGUCUUUAUUUUUUGCAACUAAAAAGGUGUAUUUUCCACUUUAAUAUCUUAACCCGCUUAACACUUGUAUCAGUGCUGUAUCCCGUUUAUACGGACACUUUCUAUGUUCCCAUCAGUAAGAUAUCCGUACGUAUUAUCGAGGUUCCUCUAGCGAUUGUGUCACAUGAUUUACGUCAAGGGAUUAGCAUAAUGUAUAGCGCACUGCAGCUAUUAGCAUUUCUCAGUGUUGAGUCACGCUUCAGAUACGACUUCGCGUACCUGAAUUUUCAGUUUGAAAUUCCUGCUACUUGCGAUGUAAAAAGGGUCGAAAAAAUUCGAGAAUGGUAGGUAUUUUAGUCACAGGUUAUUCCUGUCAUCCUUUUCUAAGCAAUAUUUCUAAGACAUUUUUUCCUGUGCUCGUUAUCCUAGCCAAUAUCCCUGAAAAUAAAUACACGUACGAAGUUUAAAAUAGAAAGCUCCAGUUUUUCAAGUCACAAUCCGGUAGUUGAUUAACUAAUCCGUUGCGAAAAUUAUGAAGUUUGCCAUUAACAUAUUGACGAUACGAAAAACUAAAUUGAGCAAGGUAAUGACUCAUGUUGAGCUACUACCUUUUGCUUAUUCAGGAGACUUAUUACAAUAUAGAAACACUGAUAAAAAUUAUGCAUCUAUUCUCAGUUGUUCUUUUGUUCAUCCAUUGCAUGAUCAAGGAGAUAACACUCUCUGAGAUCUGCACAAUUCUUCAGAUUAUACGAAAGCCAAAUCCAAUAAUUGCUUUAUAAUUCAUGUAAAAUAAUUCAUGCUAUAAAAACUUACUUUUUAACUCGAUGGAUACGAUGUUAAGUUCCCAUUUGCUGAUUUGCGUGAUUUGAAUGUUUGAUUAAGCAGAUCUUCUUUAAUUAAUAGUAUAGCUAUCACCUGCAGAGUUGUGUUGUUGUUGUUCUUGCUAAGUUGUUUGGCAGUAGUUUGGCCAUUUAAACCCUAUUUUUUUUUCGUGCAACGAGUGACAAUUUCCGCCAUUUUCUCUAGCUCUACAAAAAGUAAACGCAGCCUCGGUGUCAGGGUUUCUCCUUAACCCUCUUUUUUGGCGAUAUUGACGCCAGUCUGAUGUAUGGGAUCGACGCAAAGCCGUCAUUAAUAGCACCGGCCUUCGAUAUCUUAAAAUUCUAACAUGACUGUGAGCCUUUGGGGAGAAAAUUGCAAUUUUUUUUCACGACUCCAUUGUCUCGUAAUUCCCGGAAGAGACUCGGGCAGAAAGAAAAACAAACCAAAUGUAGAAAUGUUUUCAUACUUUGGAUAAAAAUCCUAGGUGUAUAGCAGUGGCCCUUAUAAGAAGACCAUCUUUGCCAGCCGAAAUAUUGGCGUGUUUAAAUGUUUCCUUUAGCUUGCGUGGCCAGCUAGUUGCGAUAUAACGCGCGAGGGGAACACGCCCGAAGGGGAGAGGAGGCCUCCUCUCCAUUUUUCCCCCAGCAGGUGCGCGCGUGUCCUCGACAUUUCUCCCUUCGCCCUAAGGAAAUCACAACCGGCGACGCCUAGCUGCUACACAGGCUAAGUUUCCUUUCGCCGGCCUUGUAAUUACAAUAGUUUAGUGUCGAUUUGUAAAUAUAAUGCCUGCUAAUUUUCUGGCUUCCAGUCUUGAAGUAUCAAGAAAUUUGUCAGCCAAUGAUUUAUGUUUAGUUACUAAUUUAAAAUUUCUGUUUUAUAUCUUAAUGUUUUUAGGUGUAUUUUACUAAGUUGAGGAUCCAUUGAGAAGUAUAAGAGCUAAUCGUUUAACUUGGAAACAUGUCUUGACGAACUCGCCAAGAGUACAAUGUUCAUAGUUAUAGUCUUUGCCAUCGUUGUAUUGUACAUCCUAUUAAAAGCAGCCACUCGCUGGUCAGAAUCACAGAACCUGCCUCCAGGAGAAUACUGGUUUCCAUUUCGAGCAAUCUUUAAUCGAUCUGGGAUCACUGCACCAUGCGAAAGGUUGAUGGAAAUGGCUAAGGUUUACGGCGAUGUUUUUACCAUAAAACGAGGAAGACAGAUAACAGUUUUCAUCAACAACAUUUCUGUUACAAAGAAAGCACUACAAAAUAAGGGAAAUGAUUUUGCUGGACGGGCUUACUCUCAGGCUUGUGAUCUUCUCACGCAAGGGAGGAUGGGAUUUAUAAACAAUGACUUUGACUCCACCUUGGAACUUCAUAACAAGGUGUUAAAGUUGGCAUUGCAUAUGAUCACAGAUUCGUGUUUUUCGUUGUCUUUAGAACAGAAAAUCAGCAAAGAAGCAGAUUUCCUUGUGGAUCGAUUCAAAGAGGCCAUGAACGAACCAUUUGAUCCAAAAUACAAAGUUUAUCUCGCUGUCGUAAACGCAUUCUCUGCUAUUCUAUUUGAGAAAAGAUACAAAAUUAACGAUCCCGAAUUUUAUGAGGUUGUUGAGUUAAAUAUCCGUCUCAGAAAAAUUUCUAACAAAGCAGAAAUUUUAGAUAGGUUUCCCCUCCUGCGAUAUUUCCCUAUAGACUUGGUUAACGAUGUGAGCGAAGUCAUUCGCUCCAGCGAUCUGCUUUUCAAGAAUAAACUUAAGGAACAUCGUUCUACGUUUAUGAACGAUAACAUCCGGGAUUUUACAGACGCGUUGCUGAAGGCCUUCAGCCUUAUGGAUAGUGGGAUGUCCCGUAUGAAAGCAAAUCAGGUAUUGGACGAUGACAAUUUGAUAUUAAUGAUCAUGGAUGUAUUCUUUGCUGGAGUCGACCCAGUAUCAGCAACAUUGUCCUGGGUUAUUGCACAUCUAGCAAGCCAUCCUCACGUCCAGGCUAAAGUACACCUUGAACUGGAUGCUGUCAUGGGCAGUAAUCGUCACCCAAGUCUGAGUGACAGAUCUAGUUUGCCGUAUUUGCAAGCGGUGAUGUACGAAACCCUACGACUUGCUUCGCCUGUGCCGCUUAGCUUCCCACACAAAGCAGUCACAGACUCGAGCCUUCAGGGUUUCACGAUACCUAAAGGCUGUUCCGUUUUUUUCAACUUCUGGGCUUUGCACCACGAUGGACGACAGUGGGAGAAUCCUCACCAAUUCAGACCUGAGAGAUUCAUUGAUGCUCAAGGGAACCUUCUACCUCUGCCCUCGCUAAGCUUUCUACCGUUCGGUUGUGGAUCUCGAGGAUGUUUAGGCCAAUCUUUGGCUAUGAUAAAAUUUUUUCUAUUUUUUUCGCGUCUCGUCAGUGAAUUCAAGUUCAGUGUCCCCCCUGGAUGUGACCACCCCAGCAUGCUUGGUACCACCACCGCCGUACGAGAGCCCAGACCUUUCAGAGUAUUUGUCACUUUAAGAUAA